AAUCACGCAAGAGAGCUUAGAAUUCACAGGAGAGGAAAAAAAGAGGGAUUUUUCUUGCUUGUCCAAGCAAGAACUUAGCGUGUGUACCUGGAGUGAUCGAUUCUCUCCCUGGAUGCCUUCUCGCAAAGUGAGCGUCGUCUCAACGUUGUAUGACGUUCGCGUCCUGCACAGACUGAUCGACAAGUUUAGCAUGGAUCCGCACCAGUACAGCAAGGCGAGCAGCAACUUAUCAUCAUCGCCCGAGAUCGCGAAUUUCCCACCGCAGCCACAAUCGCAGUCGCAGUCGAGCGAGGACGACAGCUUCCCCUUCUACCGCUUGGACAUCGGGAGGAAAACGCGGCAGCAGCGUCGAUCAAAGCGAUUGUUUGAGUGCCAAGUUCUCCAGCAGCAGCCGCCGCCGCUGCAGGACCACCACCUCUACCAAGUCUCCAGCCCCGACGAGGAGGCAACCAACGACGACAGCUUCCAGAGUUCCAAGCGGCGGAAGAAGUUCGUGGGAGUGAGGCAAAGAUCUUCCGGUAGGUGGGUUGCUGAAAUCAAAGACACCGCUCAGAAAGUCCGACUGUGGCUUGGAACUUACGAUAAUGCAGAAGAUGCCGCUCGCGCUUACGACGAGGCCGCCAGCUUGCUGCGCGGAGCGAACUCCAGGACCAACUUUGCGUCCGCCGGCACGCCUUUCUCUCCGUGCCAAGAGGAGGAGCUCGACGAUCACACUCCGGCAAUGCUGGAGGCGAUUUCCAUCUACAACAGCAACCAGGAGUUUACGGUCAGUUCAGGAAAUCCUCCACUGACUUCACUGUCAAUGACUAAAGUACCUGAGCUCAUCGUCGACUGCACAAAGUCGUCGUCGUCGUCGAUGCUCGAGAAUUGCAUCAGCUCCAUGAGCAUCGCUCCUCAGGAGGAAGAGCUCAUCCCGAGUCCGCUCCCGCCGGACGUGGUAGCAGCAGCAGCCUGCUUCCAAGGAUUUUUCUCGGUGGCUCAGCAGGAAACUGGAAGCUUGGUGAGCAAGGACGCGGACGACGAUGCGAUGAUACAGAUCAGACGCAGGAAGUACGAGCGGCAGUCAUCGGCAUCACUGUAUGCAAUGAUCGGAGCACACGAACUGCAAGCAACACUGGCAGGAACGUCACCGCUGGUGGACAACAGCAGCAUCGACACGACUUGGAGCGUGACUGACAGUAGCAAUCUCAAUCUUUUCGCUACUCUUCCGGACGAGGUUGACGAGGUAAUGGUCAGGCACGAAUUACCGGAGGACAGCCUUUGGGACUUUUGAGAUUUCUAUGACUGACUGAUACCAUUCUUUCACUCAUUCUUUCAAUCAUUCUUUUUCUGUUAGAAUCAACAAGCAAGCAAGCAAGCAAUGUGAUAAAAACUUUGACAUUUGGCAAGCAUUGA